AUGGCGGACGUGAGCGGCAGCGGCUUCGGGGGCCGGCGCCCGCCGGGGCUGCUGGCGAACGCGGCGAAGCGCAAGGACGGGUUCGUGCAGCUCUUCCUGAUGGCGGGCGUUUUCAUGAUGAGCCUGCGGUCCCUGGGCCAGAAGCACCGCCUCCGCGCCUCGCCGACCUCCGCCGCGAGCGCGACGACCUCUCCGUCCGCGCGCGGGAGCUCCAGGACGUGCUCCGCAGGGAGGCCGACGCCGACUCGUCCGGCGCCCUCGCGUCCCACCUCCGUCGCAUCUUCGCCGCUCAUCCUGCGCCCGCCGCCGCCGAGGACCAGUAGCGCGCUAAUUCUUCUCUUCUCCGGGCUCUUCUACAACACGUAUGUCUAG